AUGGCGGACUUCCCGUCUCUGGCUCCAGUGCCUUCCCCCGCAGUGCGGAGGACUAUUCCAUCUAACGACUGGGAUGCCUGCCUAGAUGCAUGGAUGACGUUGCUUGGAAUUCGACUGAAUGUUCCGGAUCAAAAAUUAAAAGAUGUGGCCACUGAAGACCUCUCGGUAGUCUCAUUUCUGGACUCAUUUUAUCAACAUGCUGCUGCUGGAGACUCUGGUCUACAAUCCGGACCUCGGGCUCAACAAUUACGGAAGCUCUGUUUUCUCACGACAAGACGAUAUCUACUGAGCCUGUCAAAUCCACCCGAAGGCCUAUUGAGUUGGCAGCUCCUGAGCAAUCUAUGUUGCUGCUAUCCUUCCAGCACAGCGUUGAAGGCGUCAUUAUCGGCUGCUUGGGACAUGCAUCAUGAAAAGAUAUCUUCUAGUAUAGAGAAGGCAAAAUCACUCGUGAUCAAGCAACUAUCUAUGGCAGGGAAAACAGCAGCUCUUGGUGUUCUCGCAGACAUUCGACGUUUGACAAUUUUGACUUCAGUCUUGCCGAACUGCGGCCAGAUUCUCAUGGCUGGGUCAGAUUACCUCGAUACUCUAUAUGAAGCCUAUCAAGCAAAGGAUACCCGAGAAGAGCUGCGCAAAAUCUUGGUCGCCAAUGUCUAUGUUGGCCUGGUAUCCCUACUCAAGGAGACAGCCAUCAACUUGUCUUUGUUGCUGGACCAAAUAUUCAGUCUCAAGGCCAGUGCGGGGGUAGGCACUCCCGGAAUGAAGAAUGAGGCAACUCUGCUAUCCGACCUUGUGUGUAGCACAGAUCUUCUACAGCGAUUGGAGAAGCACCUCACAAUCCAUCCUCAAAAACGAGGCCAGGACCUUCUCGCCAGCCUUCGUCUAUAUCAAAUGGAAACAAGCCCGUUCCACCACCGGUAUCAAAGGCGGAAAAAGGUGGACAAGGGUAAAGGACCAUCAACGGGCCCUGUCAUCCCCGAUGAGCUCCAUGCACACAAGAUGUCGCUCGUAUCGCAGGUUCAGGAUCUUUUCCCGGACCUGGGGUCUGCUUUUGUCGUGAGACUACUGGACACCUAUGGCGACAAUCCGGAGACGGUCAUUGCACAUCUCUUGGAUGAUUCACUCCUACCAGAACUCCACCAUCUGGAGCCCCGCUCAACACCGCCCUUCAUCCCCGCAGAGCCAGUCCCGUCUCGCAGGAAUGUCUUCGACGAUGAUGUCGACAUUGCAGAACUCAGUCUCUCAGGAGAUGCGGAAGGGAAACUCCGAUUCGGCCGUGCCAAUCCCGAACUCACUGCGGACGAAGUCCUCGCAGACCGCAGCAAGCACGCCAUCAACAAGGCGGCCAUUCUCUCAGCCCUUGCAACUUUCGACUCCGAUGACGACGAAAGAGACGAUACCUAUGAUGUCGCAGACGUGGGCGGCACUGUUGACAGCGCCACGACAGGCACAGACGCCGAGGCCGAUGCAAUCGCACGAACUCAGCGCGCAGCAGCCGAGCAGAUUGAUCUGACCCUCCUACGCGCCUACAAGUUAAACCCCGCCAUAUUUGCACGGGACUCUACAACCCGUCGCUCGCAGCCCCGCACCUUACUCAAACAGGAAACCAACAUGACGGACGAAGCUAUCGAAGGCUGGGCCGUCAUCUUACUCCAGGAUCCUAAGCGACUCUCGAAACUCGAGAACAAGCUAGCUGAUGAUCUCGGUGGAGCGGGCAGUGGUGCCUUGAACCAACCGGAACUGGCUCCAACAUCGUAUAGGAAACCUCAUCCCACAGAAGAGGAUUCUGACGAGGACGGUGGGUCAUCUGGCUACGCUCGGGGCCGUGGAGGAAGAGGUACAGGUGGACGUGGAGGAGGCAGAGGACGAGGGAGAGGUGGUCGUCCACCUCAAUCUGGCGAGCAGGGACAACAGAAUAGUGCGGUGGCGCAUCAACGGAAGGAGCAGAAUAAGGCUAGUCGGGCGAACCAUAACCGCCGCCAACAGCGAGCUAAGAAGAUUGCUCGGGGAGGAGGUUUGCCAGGCUGA